AUACCAGCCCGCCUCGUCGGCCGGCUCCGCCGCGGGCGCCAGUAGUCGCUCAGCCGCCGCCGCUGCCGCUCGUCACUUUCGAACACUACUGCGCGGCCCUGGCUCCGGUUAUUUCGACGCGUGUUUGCGCGACACACAGCGUACAACCCAUUUGGAGAAAUCAAUUGAUGUAAGAAGAGCGGGUUGAGUGAGAAUACUGCAAAGACCGGAUCUAAUAGCACACAAUGUCUACAGUCAUUGAAACUAGGCUGAACGGGUACGGCCCUGAGAACGGGGCGAAUGGGCACAAUGGCACCAACGGCCUAAACGGCAUCGAGAUGAAUGAGGACGGACGCUGGGAGGAGAAGUUCCUGCCGCCGCCGUUGCGCAUCGACGACAAAAUCCGGGCACAAAAGAUCGAGUCCCGGCUAUCGUCUCUGGUGCUGUGCGGAGCGACGCUGCGGCGCGUUGGCGAGGUGUUUGAGCGCGAGCUGGAGGCCGGUUUGCGGGAACAGUCUUCCAGUCUGCAGAUGGCCAACACCUACGUGCCCGAGCUGCCCGACGGGACAGAGGAAGGUCUAUUCCUGGCUCUGGAUUUGGGAGGCACAAAUUUCCGCGUACUGCUUCUGGAGAUGCACCAGGGACGGUUGGUUCGGGAGGACGUCAAGCAGUACCAUAUCAAUGACGCCUUGCGGCUGGGCCCUGGCAUAGACUUGUUCAAUUUCCUUGCUGACUGCGUGCUGGACUUCGUUCGCGCCGAAGGAAUGGAGCAAGAGGAACUCUCUUUAGGAUUCACGUUCUCGUUUCCGAUGAAGCAGCACUCGAUUCUUUCGGGCGAGCUGGUGACAUGGACGAAAUCGUUCAAGUGCGGCGGCAUGGAGAACGUGGACGUAUCAGCGCUGUUGCAACGCUGCCUGGACGAGCGCGGGCUGCGCGUCACUGUGCGCGUGCUGCUCAACGACACCACGGGGACGCUAGUCGCGGGGGCGCACGCGGAUCCUGACUGUGGGAUCGGUGUAAUAAUGGGCACGGGCUCCAACGGGUGCUACAUGGAGCGCGCGUCGCGGGUGACGCACUGGGAGACGGCGCACGACCGCGUCACCGACGUGUGCAUCGACAUCGAGUGGGGCGCCUUCGGCGACAACGGCUGCCUCGACUUCCUUCGGACGGAGUUCGACAAGGAGGUCGACGACAACUCGCUGCUCGCGACUUCCUUCACAUUCGAGAAGUACAUUGGCGGGCAGUACCUGGGCAGCGUGCUGCGCGCGGUGCUGGCGGCGCUGGCGCGCGCGGCGCUGUUCCCGGCGCAGCCGCCGCGGGGCGCGCUGCUCACCGCGCACGUCAGCCUGUUCGAAGAGGAGAACGCGUCAGGCGAGUGGUCACGCACGUUGUCUGCGCUUCAGGAAGCGUGCGGCGAGCAAGCGCAGUUGUCGCGGAACGACGCGCUCGUCGCGCAGCACGUCGCCAGGCUCAUCUCCAACCGCGCCGCGCAGCUCGUCUCCGUUUGCAUAGCGGGGCUGCUCCGGCGCAUGGGGCGCACGCACGUGGCGGUGGCCGUCGACGGCUCCGUGUUCAAGAAGCACCCGCGUAUCCGCCAGCUCAUGGACAAGUACAUCGCACUGCUUGCACCGAACCACCCCUUCUCUCUGAUGGGCGUGGACGACGGCAGCGGUAAGGGGUCGGCUCUGACGGCGGCCAUCGCGGCGCGGAUAACGAAGCGCGAAACUGCAGCCUCGUAACUUUACGGUGUUUGAUUGACGAACAGUGAACCUCCUACGCACCAUUGCCACAAAAUGUUGGGGCACCAGGGUUUCAAGGCUUUUCAUAUAAACGUUACCGGAGGCGGUAGAUGUAUCUUAUUAUUUACGUCUAAAUAUUAGGACACAUUCAUCGCAAUGCUUUGGGUGGGAGUGGUAGGAGCCGUCGGAAGGAAUUUAACGGAUGAUAUUGUGUAAAGCUCAUUUAGGUUAAGACGUUAUGAAAGGUCUGUGAUUAAUUUACUGUGUUGUUAUUAGAGCGACCCUUAUUGUGUAUCGUUGAAGACAUUAUGCCGUUGCUUCGAGUUACGGGCUACGGGAUCGAAUGUGGGCGUAGAUAAUUUUUAGAUUGACGAUUAAUAACGAGGUGAUUCAAAUGAGAACGCCACAAAGCCACCUGUCAACUGCUGCAUCGAAUUCGAUCACGCUGCUAUAAUCAUAGGUACAGUACGUGAUGCACGAUAUUUUUGCAAACGUAAUUAACUGCCGGUGCCCGUCGCAGCUUUGGAGGCUUGUUAUUGUCUUCUGGUUUUGUACUGUUAAUAUGUUUAUUAUUGUAGUAGCAGUAAGUUACAUAAGGGUAUGAGUAAUGAAGUCCACGUAUAGUGAAGAAUUGUGUCAAAAACCGAUUGACAGACAAACUUAAUUUGAAUUUAAAUUUGUAGAAUAUGCUUGUGGAUGGUGAACCAUUUGCCGAAGGUGCAAGAUGUAGAGACUGGUUCGCGAUCGCUACAGUCCAACACACAUCCAGCUACAAACAUCUCCAACUAGCGCUUAAAAACGAAAGUGACGUACGCGGUACAAUUGGCAACUAAAGGCCCAUUUAGAUGGAGAGAGUUUAUCGUACGCUUCGUGACGAAAAAUCGUACUCGAUUGUCGCAAGCAAUAAUCGCCAUAAGAUUAUCGUAUCAUAAUGUUUAUAUUCAGGCAAAAACUAAAGACUCGCCUACGAUUAGGUAUGUCAUACGCGAUUCGCAGGCAACUUAAUCGUCUCCUCGACUGUUUACACGGAGAAAUAUAUAGUGAGUUCUUGCUCACGAGUUUCGAUUUGUCUAAACACGUUUUCGUAUGAUAUUUUUUUCAAGUUCAUACGAUUAUCGUACAAAUCGAUUCAAACCGUUUUGAUUUCGAGAAUUGCCAUUCGAGUUCAGUGAUUACGGCGGUAUUGACUAUGGAUAUAUCAAAAUGAGGCAAAAAUCAUUCAAAUUCGGAACUGCUGCUAAUAUUAGGUUCAUUGCACUCGUAGUGCAAUUUAUAGAAAUAUACAUAUAUAUAUAUAUUUUAAAUUUUAUAACAUUUCUUAACCCAACAUGUUUUUUCGUUCUCGUUUCAUUAAUUCUUGUCUUAGAAAAGCAGUGAUAAUCAAAAAAUCCUGGCGCACUGCACUCAUGACAGCGACUAGUCGGCACACAAACUCGAAAUACGAUUUUUGGUUUCAAGUUCUGUUUACAUGGAGAAGUUCAAUAUUCAAAGGCGAGGCAAUCGAUUAUCGCUCACGUGGAAGGGCGAUAAUAGUGAAUGUUUAGACGAGGAAAGUUUUUUAUAUUCUUUCGAUAAUCGUAUCUUCGAAACGAAAGACUCUUUCCAUCUAAAUGGGCCUUAAGAAAUUGGAUAGCUUGUAACCCUAGCCGUGGAUCGGCCACACAAGAAACUUAAUACAAUAUCAUUAGAAUCGACGUUAGUUCAGAACCUCUAUAACUUUUAGUAUUAAACUAUUCUAAUUUGAUAAAUCCAAAAAACGGUUAUCUCUUUUACUCUCUAUUACUUAGUUUAAAAUUAAUCCUUUAAGUUUAGGUUAGAAAUGUCUCAAUCACAAAAUCGACACCGUGGCCCCCUCUCGUGGUCGUAUUCUUGUUUAGUUCGUAAGACGUGUGAUCUGCUCGCGGGCCGAGUGCAAUCUGAAGCAUUUAGCUGUAGUGACAUACAUAUAAGUGACUGUUAGUGUAUCUGGUGAACAGAAGACUUAUCAACGAUAUACCUUUAAAUCGGACAGUUCGCUGCUAAGGUAUGGUAAGAUCGGCUUUAAUUAUGUACUUUUACAAUUUCCACAAAAUUAUACCGCUUUAAGGUUACCUACCUGUGCCUACGAUUGGAUUUCCGCAAAUACUUAUUGUAAAUAGACAAGUCUCGAGAAAUUGAGCGACAGGGUAGUCCCUUACAUAGGGGCCGUACUUGGGGGGUUGUUCCAAAACUGGAAAUGGAGCGUAUUUUCACGUAUUUAAAUCGUGAAUCAUAUAUGCAGGCAAUUUAUUUUAAUCGGGUAUUUAAAAACAAUGAUUAGGGUAAAAUUAUUCAAUUAAAAUGAGUUCGAGGGAA